AUUGGUUCUUUGCCUCGGGGACGUCUCUUUCUGGUUCGGAAGCCUCAUUGCGGAAUCGCAGAAAUGCUUCCUCUUUGGAUUCUGUAUACAUCUUAAAACACUAAAAACAUGAAAAGAGAGAGCAGCUUCUUAUUCAGAGAGCAGCACAACCAAAGGACUCGAGUCUGGACCAAGACAGAACCCUAUUUCUCACAAUAAUCCCUCUCAGAGAAGCAAAUAUGGCAUCCCAUCAGAUACAAACAAAACACAUUUUUGCUGGAUUCCUCCAGAAGGAUGUCUUAUUUAGUGCUGCUUUCAUGCUCAGGCUUGCACUGGUCUUUUAUGGCAUUUUUCAGGACAGGACCAUGUUGGUGAAGUAUACAGACAUUGACUACCUGGUCUUCACUGAUGCUGCUAGAUACAUCACAGAAGGAAAAUCGCCUUACUUGAGAGCCACCUACCGUUACACUCCGCUACUGGGCUGGAUCUUAACACCCAAUAUUUACCUUACAGAUUUAUAUGGAAAGAUCCUUUUUGUGGCCGGGGAUAUGGCCGUUGCAUAUCUCACAUAUCAAAUUCUCCUUCUCUGGGGGCUGGAUAGUAGGAGCGCAUGUGGGUAUUGUGCAUUCUGGCUCCUCAACCCCCUACCAAUGACUGUGUCCAGCAGAGGAAAUGCCGAGUCUCUUGUUGCCGCCCUUGUCCUUGGCACCAUGUAUUAUAUGGAAAAGAGACAUUUCAUAAAGGCAGCUGUUCUUUAUGGCCUCUCUGUGCACAUGAAAAUUUACCCAGUGACUUAUGCAUUGCCACUGGUUCUCCAUUUGCAAAAUAACAGAGAGCACAGCAAAACAGGCAGUGUCUCUUCAAAAGGUGAUUUUCGGGGACUUUUCCUUAAGUUGUUCAGUUAUGAUGUUUUGGUUUUUGGGUUGGUUUCUGGUUGUACUUUUGCUGCUCUGGGCCUUGCCUUUUAUUCAUGUUAUGGCUGGGAGUUUUUGGAGCAUACCUACCUCUACCAUUUGACCAGGAGAGAUAUCCGCCACAACUUCUCGCCCUAUUUCUACAUGCUGUACUUGACUGCAGAAAGUGAGUGGAGUUUUGUCCUUGGCCUUGCUGCCUUCCUGCCUCAGCUCCUGCUGCUCCUGGUGAUUUCGUUCACCUGUUACAGAGAUCUCAUCUUCUGCUGUUUCUUGCACACAGCGGUUUUUGUGAGUUUUAACAAAGUGUGCACCUCCCAGUAUUUUCUGUGGUACCUUUGCCUGCUUCCACCUGUAAUGCCUCUCUUGAGGAUGUCCUGGCAGCGGGCUGCAUUUCUGCUCCUGCUGUGGCUCAGUGGACAAGGCCUGUGGCUGGCACCCGCUUACUUUCUGGAGUUUCAAGGGCAGAACACUUUCCUGCUCAUAUGGCUAGCAGGGUUGGUUUUCCUUUUUAUCAACUGUAUGAUCCUCGUUCAGAUUAUUUCUCACCAUUCGCCAUUACAUACAACAAGAAAAAUAAAGCAACAGUAAGACUUGCAUGGCUGCAAA